AGCUCUGCGACCACAGUUGACCACAAGGAGAAAGGCUACCUCCUGGCGAUGCAUACUCCGUCGGCUCUGGGCCGUGUCAAAGGCCGCCCACCGCAAUUUAUCUCCUCUCGGUCGGCAGCCGAGAGCCCUACCGCUGAGCCGAGACGUACAAUCCCCUGUCGGAGUCCAGAACGCCGUCGCCUCUUUGGACGAUCAACUUGGUGCGGCCAGCAGUGAGACGACAACCCAGAGACUUCAACCGAAGUGCCCGACCAGAAUCAGACGAGAAUCCACUCACUAACUCCGCUCCCGGUUUGGUCGUUGGUUUUACACGCGCGCCUGUCUUGUCAGACAAGUUCCAUUUGGAGCAUUCAAAGAACAAUGUUCCACAUUCCAAACCUCUGCCGACAGGGGUUUUGUGCCACCUUCUAGACCCCUGUCUGCACCCCGCGUUAGUGAUCCUGGCGCAUCACCACCACAACCACUAGCACCCGAGGGCCUGAGACGACAACUGCAUCGGGUUGGAAGGACUUUCUGAUCGCCUGGCUCGACCUGUCACGACUCAGAACGCCACCGACAGGAGAGAGAACUUUGGACACCCCUGAGUUCAGCCUUAUUCGAAAGCCCAUCACCUCAUGAGCAACCUGUAUAAAGACGAGUCGUUCCCUCCGGUUCAGAUGGACCAUUCAACUCAUCUCGCCAUCCCUCGACCGCAGUCAAUCCUUUUACAUCUUUCUUCUUCAAGAACAGGACCCGGUGUCCCUUUGCAUUCCUUUCUCUACAGCAGUCGCCAGUCGACUCUUUAAUACCACUGGUCUUUCCUUGACAUCCAACUUUUGGCACCUUUUUGGUCUCUUUCGCUUUAAUUCAUCACUCGCCACCAUGGUCCAGUUCACCAAGAUCGUCAGCGCUCUGGCCUUGACCAUUGCUGCCGUCCACGCUGCUCCUGACCUCUCUCAGCGCCAGGCCCUCCCCGAUCCCGCCGGUGAGAAGAACAUCGGCAACGGAGCUGGUGGCCAGUUCAUUGGAGGCCAGUGUAAUGGCGCCGCCGACUGUGCCUCUGGCUGCUGUGCUACCCUCCCUAGAGGAGGUGAGACCAUUGGUGUGUGCUCCGGUGUAGGUGCUCAGACUCAGGCCGGCAAGCAAGGCUGCGGUUUCGAGGGUGGCAAUGCCGGCGGUAACGGCGGUGGUAACAACGGCGGCGGUAAUGGUGGUGGUAACAAUGGUGGCAACAACAACAACAACAACCAGGGUGGUGGUAAUGCCGGUGCAGUUGGUGGCACCAUCAUGCCCAGCACCCUCGUCCCCGACCCGGCCGGUGCUGGCAACGUCGGCAACGGUGCCGGCCGCCAGUUCAUCACCGGCGAGUGCACCAGCGACGCUGACUGCGCCUCUGGCUGCUGCGCUCUGGUCAACGACGGUGUCCGUCCCGCCUUUGGCAGCUGCUCUGGUGUGGGUGCCAACACUCAGAAUGGCAAGCAGGGCUGCGGCUUCCCCCAAGGCGGUGGCCAGCUUUAAGCGCCCACUUUUACCAACACUCUUUUUUCGACACUCAUUUUUAAUGACUCAAACUACUAGCGUUUCUCUCGUUUAGCAUGGUGUUUGGGCUAUGAUACCUAUAUAGGACACUCUUUUUCGGCCUGUCUUUCACUCUUUUAUGAUCACGGCACUUUGGCGCACUCUCGUUCUACACAGGGAAUAUUUGCAUGGAAUCGGUUUAUAUACUGGGUUGGGUCUCGCAUUUCUGGGCUCGGAUUGGAUGAAUGGCCGUGAAUGUUUGGGAUAUGCUAUAGACUUGAGAAGAUUGGUGAUAAUAGUGUUUAAUGCAAGAUGAUGUCGAAUAUUUUGCCUUCCCUUGCGUUGUCUUGACCUCAUCCUGGGAGGCCAGCACAACUACGGUACUUCGAAGUCCACAUUCCGCAACCAC